AUUUUAUUAAUCUAUCCAAAUUCAGAUAUCGCGCUUCAAUCAACCACCACCGGAACCACCGAUGUUGCAUUCCGCACCCCACCUCCUCCUCUCCUCCUCCUCCACCGUUCUCCUCCCUACUUUCUCCCUCCUUCCGAAUAGCCGUUUCCUCAGAGUAUCUAAAAAACCCUACUCUCUUUCACAACAAUAUUCGACCAGGCCUCUUGCCCCAUUGCUAGCUCAACUCCCCGAUUCGGCCUUGCCUGAAGAUGGACCCGUCGAACUCCCGUUCUCUAUACCGUCAUUUAUCUCCACCGACGAUGACCCUACCACACUCCAAGUCGCCACCAGUGUUCUCCUCACCGGCGCCGUCUCCAUCUUCCUCUUUCGGUCCCUCCGUCGCCGUGCAAAGCGCGCCAAAGAACUGAAAUUUAGGUCUACAGGAACAGAAACUAAAAAGACGUUGAAGGAGGAGGCACUAGAGAGUUUGAAAGCAAUGACGCCGGUUGAGGCAAAUGCUCCUCCGUCGCCUCUUCAGGCGUUGCUUGGAGGUUUAUCUGCCGGAAUUAUUGCAAUUAUUCUUUAUAAAUUCACCUCCACCAUUGAAGCUUCUCUGAAUCGUCAAACUAUUUCUGAUAAUUUUUCGGUCCGACAAAUCACUAUAACCAUAAGGACUAUUAUAAAUGGUAUAUGCUACCUUGCCACAUUUGUUUUUGGCAUCAAUGCAGUAGGGUUAAUACUCUACUCAGGUCAACUCGGUCUCAACUCAAUAAUGGGAGAUUCUCCAAGUGAAAAAAUUCAGAACAAGGAAGAAACACAAUCAAACUCCAUUCAGACUGAAACAAACAAAAAUGAUGAAGAUCAAAGCAGGCAACAGUGAGAUAAUAGUAUUUGAAUUUUGUUUAUAGUUUCUGUCUAUACCGUAUUUUUCAUUAUUAUAUAUCAUUAAUUUUGACAA